UCCCCAACAUCUCUCUCCCUUUCUCACUUCACCAAUUCACGCUCACGUUCACAUUGCAAAAAACAAAGGAACGAACCCCAAAAAACAGCCGGAACCGGAACGUAGCCGGCGACGUUCGAUCCGAAUCCGAAACCGAGGAGUCGGGGAGCCAUGGGGAUCGUGGAGGAGGCGCACAACGUGAAGGUCCUGGGGUCGGGGGAGCGGACGAUCGUGCUGGCGCACGGGUUCGGGACGGACCAGUCGGUGUGGAAGCACCUGGUGCCGCACCUGGUGGACUCGUACCGGGUGGUGGUCUACGACAACAUGGGGGCGGGCACCACCAACCCGGACUACUUCGACUUCGAGCGGUACACCACCCUGGAGGGCUACGCCUACGACCUCCUCGCCAUCCUGGAGGAGCUCCUCAUCGACACCUGCGUCUUCGUCGGCCACUCCGUCUCCGCCAUGGUCGGCGCCAUCGCCUCCAUCAGCCGCCCCGACCUCUUCACCAAGAUCGUCAUGCUCUCCGGCUCCCCCAGGUACGUGAAUGACCCGGAGUACUUUGGAGGGUUCGAGCAGGAGGACCUGGACCAGCUCUUCGAGGCGAUGCGCGAGAACUACAAGGCGUGGUGCUCCGGCUUCGCGCCCCUGGCUGUCGGCGGCGACAUGGACUCGGUGGCGGUCCAGGAGUUCAGCCGCACGCUCUUCAACAUGAGGCCCGACAUCGCCCUCAGUGUCGCCCAGACCAUCUUCAACAGCGACAUGCGCUCCAUCCUCGGCCUCGUCACCGUCCCGUGCCACAUCGUCCAGAGCAUGAAGGACCUCGCUGUCCCCGUCGUCGUCUCUGAGUACCUGCACCAGCACCUCGGCGGCGACUCCAUAGUGGAGGUCAUGCAAUCCGACGGCCACCUGCCCCAGCUCAGCUCCCCCGACACCGUCAUCCCCGUCGUCCUCCGCCACAUCCACUACGACAUUGCUACCUAACAGUGCAUAAAGUCCCUCUAUCUCACAACGGUGACUAGUUCUAUGUAGGGUAUAGGAGAACGACGCGUGUCACUGUUCGAUAAGCAUGUCCAAACGUACAUUCUAGAGAUAAGUGUCCAGAUCCUAUAUGCACGACACAAGUCGGGACAUGUUAAGGGGAUGGAGGAUCCGCCUUCCUCGAUUAUCGGGGAUGCUUUUAGCAGGUUAUUAUCUAUCCUUAGUUUCAUUAGCUUUGGUCUUCGUUGUGCAAGUGUAAAUUGCAGUGUUGCCCCCGUGAUUCUAUGUCAUGUGGACUAGAAUAAGAGCUGUAGUUAAGUUUCGUUUGUGUGA